AUCUAUCAUUGUUAAUUUGUAUUAUCAACGGCUCUCCCAACCCAAGCAGUAUCAGAGUAGCUUCUUCUUGUUCCUUCUUCUGCGAGCUGAGAUUUCAGACCCAUCCAAACACCAAAAAUUCAACUUCAAAAACAAGAGAUUAUAUUUCAUUAUUUUUUUUUUUAAAAAAGAAACAGUCGAGAUUUGCUUGAUUUUCUUCCGUGUUUACUCUAACUAUAUUCGUGUGAAAUCCCCGAAUAUUCCAUUCUACAGUUGACUUUGCUCAUCUUCUGCGUCUCCAUUGUGUGUAUAAGUAGAAGCAGUGCCUGGACAUUACACUUCAUCACUUACAUGUUUGUUGUUUCAUAGUUCAUAAUACUAGAAUGUCUCGUUUUCUGGGACUUGUCUUAUUUCUUCUCAACGUAGCAGACUUGUGCAAUGGAGGAGUUACCAGUAGUUUUGUAAGGAAAGUGGAGAAAACAAUAGAUAUGCCUCUUGACAGUGAUGUUUUCGAGGUUCCUCCUGGCUACAAUGCUCCUCAACAGGUACAUAUUACACAAGGAGAUGAUGUAGGGAUGGGAGUGAUUGUUUCGUGGGUCACAAUGGAAGAACCCGGCUCUAACACACUUCUUUAUUGGAUUGCAAACACUAAACUGAUCCGAAAGGCCCGAGCCAAGAUUACUACCUAUAAAUUCUACAAUUAUACUUCUGGUUACAUACAUCAUUGCACUAUUAAUGAUUUAGAGCCUGAUACCAAGUAUUAUUAUGAGGUUGGGCUUGGACAUUCACCAAGAACCUUCUGGUUUGUUACUCCUCCUGCAGUUGGACCCGAUGUUCCUUACACCUUUGGCCUCAUUGGUGAUCUUGGUCAGAGUUACGAUUCGAAUGUGACACUCACCCACUAUGAACAAAAUCCAACAAAGGGAAAGACUGUGUUGUUCGUUGGGGAUCUCUCCUAUGCAGAUCAAUACCCUGAUCAUGACAACCGAAGAUGGGAUACGUGGGGAAGGUUUGUCGAGAGGAGUGCUGCAUAUCAACCUUGGAUAUGGACUGCUGGGAAUCACGAGAUAGAUUUUGUCCCUGAAAUCGGUGAAACUAAGCCCUUCAAGCCUUAUACUCAUCGCUAUCAUACCCCUUAUAGAAGAUCAAACAGCACUGCUCCCUUUUGGUACUCGAUCAAGAGAGCUUCAGCAUAUAUCAUUGUGUUGUCCUCUUAUUCCGCAUAUGGAAAGUACACACCUCAAUUUAAAUGGCUUGAGAAGGAGCUACCAAAAGUCAACAGAAGUGAGACCCCAUGGUUGAUUGUUCUUAUGCAUGCCCCCUGGUAUAAUAGCUACAAUUAUCACUACAUGGAAGGUGAAACAAUGAGAGUGAUGUAUGAGCCAUGGUUUGUCCAAUAUAAAGUUGAUCUUGUGUUUGCUGGUCAUGUUCAUGCCUAUGAGCGAUCAGAACGUGUAUCGAACAUAGCAUAUAACAUUGUAAACGGAAUUUGCAGUCCUAUAAGUGACCAAUCUGCACCAGUAUACAUAACAAUUGGCGAUGGUGGAAAUCUUGAAGGAUUAGCAACCAAUAUGACGGACCCACAACCAAAGUACUCAGCUUUCCGCGAGGCCAGCUUUGGCCACGCGACUCUUGAUAUCAAGAACCGAACCCAUGCUUACUAUGCUUGGCAUAGGAAUCAGGAUGGAUAUGCAGUGGAAGCUGACAGAAUGUGGUUUUCUAACAGGUACUGGCAUCAGGGUGAGGAUUCAACAACCUAGCCGCAAAGAAACAGACCUGUUUCACAAAAAUUGAUACACGGGUAAGCCGUAAAAUUCAGGUCUUUUAGUUCACCUCCCGUGGGAUUGCUAUUCAUUUGAUUAGACUUGAGCAAUUCAAGUGUAUACCCUCCCUUGCAGAUCACUGAGCAAAGAGGUUUUUCAGUAUUGUAUUGUCGAAUUAUAUUGCUUGUAAAGAAAUGCACUUGGACAAUGCUGCUAAAGAAUUUAUAUUUUAUAUUUCA